GCUGGGGGCAGGGCGCCCGGGAUGAAACCCGGGGCCUUAAAGGCUGAGUCAGGCGCAACUGGGCCAGAACCACAAGUCUCGUCGACCUUCGAAGGGUUUCCUGCGUCCGGGGGGUGCCGCUGCGCAGCUGUGGCUGCCACAGGUUUUUGAAACAUGAAAACUUCACUUCUCCUGGCUGCCCUUUGCUUGGGAAUAGCCUCAGCUUCUCCAAAACUCGAUCACAGUCUGGAUGCACAGUGGUACCAGUGGAAGGCAACGCACAGGAGACUUUAUGGCGCGGAUGAAGAAGGAUGGAGGAGAGCAGUGUGGGAGAAGAAUAUGAAAAUGAUUGAACUGCACAAUCGGGAAUACAACGAAAGGAAACAUGGCUUCACCAUGGCAAUGAAUGCCUUUGGUGACAUGACCAAUGAAGAAUUCAGGCAGGUGAUGAAUGGCUUUCUAAACCAGAAGCAACACAGGAAAGGGAAAUUGUUUAGAGAACCUCUCCUUGUUGAGAUCCCCUCAUCUGUGGACUGGAGACAGAAAGGCUAUGUAACUCCUGUGAAGAAUCAGGGUCAGUGUGGUUCUUGUUGGGCUUUUAGUGCAAAUGGUGCCCUUGAAGGACAGAUGUUCCGGAAAACUGGCAAACUUGUUUCUCUGAGUGAGCAGAACCUGGUGGACUGCUCUCACUCUCAAGGCAAUCAGGGCUGCAAUGGUGGCUUAAUGGAUAAUGCCUUCCAGUAUGUCAGGGACAACAAAGGCCUGGACUCAGAGGAAUCCUACCCAUAUCUUGGAAGGGAAUCAAAUACCUGUAACUAUAGACCUGAGUAUUCUGCUGCCAACGACACUGGCUUUGUGGACAUCCCUCAGCAUGAGAGGGGCCUUAUGAAGGCAGUGGCGACUGUGGGGCCCAUCUCAGUUGCUAUUGAUGCAGGCCAUUCAUCGUUCCAGUUCUAUAAUGAAGGCAUAUACUAUGAACCAAACUGCAGCAGCAAAGACCUGGAUCAUGGUGUUCUGGUGGUUGGCUAUGGCUCUGAAGGAGGACAAUCAGACAGCAAUAAAUUUUGGAUUGUCAAGAACAGCUGGGGGACAGGAUGGGGCAUGAAUGGCUACGUGAAAAUGGCCAGAGACCAGAGCAACCACUGUGGAAUUGCCACCGCAGCCAGCUAUCCCACUGUGUGAGCUGGUGGACAGUGAUAACAGAAGCCUUGAGGAAGGACAUAUCCAGAGGAAUUCUACCUUAAAACUGAUCAAACCUUUAUUGUAUAAGAUGAGAAACUUGAAUCAUCAAGGAUCCAAGUUGUGAUGUGAAUUCUCUGACAUUUUUAAAAGGGUAAAAUGUUACCAGUACUUUAAUUACUACUGUUCUAAAUAGCUUUAUAAUGUUGAAGACUCAUUGCUUAAUUCUAAGACUUUUGAAUUUCAUUUUUUAAAAGGAUAUAUAAAACUUUACCUUUUAAAAUAAAUUUUAAUUCAUUAUGUAGGUAUGGAACUUCUUUCUGUUUUUAAGUCACUAAAUUUUUGCAUAGUCAGGAAAUAUAAUUGGGCUAUGAAGACAUAACUGAAUGUGCCAAUGAUGUAUAGGAGAAAGAUACUGGGUAGCCCUCUGGACCUUGUGGUUAUAAAUAUGCAGAUUUUAUGUCAGCUGCCCAUUGGUGCUGUUGACCUAACACUUGAAUCUGGCAAAAUGUGAUUAACAAUCUGGAAGGACAAAGGUAAAUUUAUUUUAAUAAAGAAAAUCAAUUUACUUUUUAGAGAAGUAAAUAGACAUACAGAAUUCUAGGUUUUAGAUACUAGAAAAGGAACUCCUUUCUUGGACUCAAGUUGGUUAAAACCUAGCAAGGUUAUGUGAUAAAAGUCUCAGAACCAGUUACUGAAGCAUCUUCCUGAUUUGCUGAGGAAGACCAUGUGACUACUUUGCAGUCAAGAAAGGACCCAACACAAGAGCUUUCCAAGGCUGUUUUGUCUUUCUUCUGCCCAGUCUCUGAGGACAUUCCAUACAACUCUUCUAGGAAAAGCCUUUGUUACCUAGUGUGAGCAAAAGUACAUUUAGUGGUUGUGAUGAGCAUAUCUCAGGUGCUUAGUAAUAACUGAAGAAGUAAAUUCAAGUUCUACAGGAAAGGAGGCUAAGCUACAAAAAUAGUUAUGGCUUUGGAAGACAGGUAAGAGAUCACUGGGGAAAAUGUGCAUUUAGCUGCCUGGUCUCUGAUUUAAAAAUAAACCCAGCAGAGCCCCAGC